GGGGGUGGGGGUGGGGGUGGGGGUGGGGCGUCGUACCAGCGGUUUCCGAAGGUGCGGAUACGGGAGCUGCGGGACGAGUACGCGAAGUUCGAGCUGCGGGAGACGGACGCGAGCGUGGCGAACGCGCUGCGGCGGGUGAUGCUGGCGGAGGUGCCGACGGUGGCAAUCGACCUGGUGGAGGUGGAGGUGAACUCGUCGGUGCUCAACGACGAGUUCAUCGCGCACCGCCUCGGCCUCGUCCCGCUCACCAGCGACGCCGCCAUGGCCAUGCGCUUCUCCCGCGACUGCGACGCCUGCGAUGGCGACGGCCAGUGCGAGUACUGCUCCGUCGAGUUCCACCUCGCCGUCCGCUGCGACGCCGACCAGACCCUCGACGUCACCUCCGCCGACCUCCGCUCCACCGACCCCAAGGUCUGCCCCGUCGACGUCGCCCGCGCCCUCGACGCCGACCCCACCUCCUACGACUCCACCGCCGCCGACCAGAGGGGCAUAAUUAUUGUGAAGUUGCGUCGUGGGCAAGAACUAAGGCUUCGAGCAAUUGCAAGGAAAGGGAUUGGCAAGGACCAUGCAAAAUGGUCGCCUGCUGCUACCGUCACUUUUAUGUAUGAGCCUUCAAUUCAUAUCAAUGAAGAAAUGAUGGAAACUUUAACACUUGAAGAGAAAAGCAGCUGGGUUGAGAGCAGCCCUACCAAAGUUUUUGAUAUUGAUCCGAACACCCAACAGGUGGUGGUGAUUGAUCCUGAGGCAUACACAUAUGACGAUGAGGUGAUCAAGAAAGCGGAAGCCAUGGGCAAGCCGGGGCUCGUCGAGAUUUACCCCAAAGAGGACAGCUUCAUUUUCACGGUGGAGUCGACAGGUGCGAUCAAGGCUUCCCAAUUGGUGAUCAAUGCUAUAGAGGUCCUUAGGCAGAAGUUGGAUGCAGUUCGCCUUCAAGAAGACACCGAUCUUGGUGAACUCAGUGCUCACCUCCAUGGUGGAGGCUAAUAAUCUGAAGUGCAUGUGGGUUCAUCUGAACAUUUUGUAGAUCUAUACCUAGUAAAAGAUCAUGCUGGUGGUGGGAGUGGACUAAUAUUUAUGUCUAGUGCUCGUUAAACUGUUUUAGGAACUGUUUUGAGUGGGUUUGUUUGCGGAGUUUGACAUCCGAGAGGCCCCUCGUCGCCUAUUUAUUUGAUGUUAUAUUGCAUGGAAAAUAUCUCGGUACUUCUCAAGAACAUUCCCGGUCCUUGUUGUUUGUUGAAAGUAGCUAGCUUGUUGCGUCAUGCAGAAUACAUUUUAUCCAUCAAGUUUGCCAGCUGUGUUUCUGCUCUCA